UAUAAUGGAAUCUCCCAGCUUUGAAAUACUCCAUGUCUCUAAUUUUCCAGAAAUAUGGAAAAAUAAAUUUGUAAUAAAAAAAUCCUAUUUCUCAUUUAUUGUCUAUUUUAGAUCUUUAUGUGGAAAAGCAGUUACCCUCUUCCCAGAGCGCUGUUUUAAAAGUAGGUAUAUUUGCCAUAACCUAUGCUCGUCUCUACAAAAGGAUCACACCACCGUGACCCCCAUUAAAGAAUUUCCCCUUGGCAAGAUGGCGGCCUCAGCAGCGCUGUUCUCGCGCUUGCGGAGCGGGCUCCGACUCGGCUCGCGGGAACUGUGCACGAGGUUGGCGACGCCGCCCCUCCGGGCCCCAGAUCAGGCCGCAGAGAUCGGGAGACGCGGGGGCGCUAAGGCACAAGGGCCACAGCAGCAGCCAGGCUUAGAGGGUCCCAGCUGUGCCAAAAAAGUUGCGCUCUGGCUUGCUGGGCUGCUUGGAGCUGGUGGGACCGUGAGCGUCGUCUGUAUCUUUGGAAACAACCCAGUGGACGAAAAUGGUGCCAAGAUUCCUCAUGAGUUCGACAGUGAUCCAAUUCUGGUACAGUAGUUGCGCCGGACAUACAAAUAUUUCAAAGAUUAUA